AUGUGGGAUGAUGUCAGCAGCCAUCCAAUCACUGUCAACUUGCAGGUGCUGCACAGACUUGAGCUCAACUUCCCAGCUGUCACAAUUUGCAACGCAAACAAACUCAAAAAGUCGGAGUUGGAGCAAUUCGUAGUGGAAAAUGCAGAGCGAGAUGACAGUUCAGCCUCGCCGUAUUUUACUGGACUCCAAAAAGCCUUAAUUUUUUCUAAUAAGGAAGCUGUUGGUCUUCGAUUAGUUUACGAAAAAAUGGCAAUAGUUCGUAAUUCCAAUGAAAGCAGCAGAAAUUUGAGUGGUGAAUGCAGAGCUGACAGAAAUGAUUUGGGAAUAGUUGAGGAGAAAGGAUGCAAGUUUGGUGAUUCUGCCGCAGACCAAGUAGAAGAUGGGGAUGGAUGCGACGACAGACUGAGAGUGUCUCCCAACAACCAGUUACAAUGUGAGGACGGUACCUGUGUGUCUCAAGCGGAUGUGUGUGAUGGGAGACUAGACUGCUUGGAUGGGUCGGAUGAAUCAACCGAGCUGUGUGGAAAGUGUCCCACUUCAAAGUAUGAGUGCAAAAGUGGCAUGUGCAUCGAUCCUCAGUUGAAGUGUAAUGGAUUGUUUGAUUGUGAUGACGGAAGUGACGAAAACAGGCAAAUCUGUCGGGAGACCGACUUGACCAAAUUUUUCAUAUGUUGUCAUAGUGACACUGUAGUUCCGCGUGAACACCUCUGCGACGGGUACGACGAUUGUCCCCGAGACAAGUCGGACCAAUUUCUGAACUCGUGUAACGAAAGCAUGCGAGAGCUCGAAACGGGCAACCCCGAGAUUUAUUUCUGCCCGCGAACUGGAUUUGACUACGACGAUGGCCACUUCAACAUGAACGUAACGGAGUCUCAGAUCGGCGAUGGGAUACAGGACUGCCAGUUUGGUCUGGAUGAAACAUGUGGAUGGAAAAGUAAGUUGCAGUUUUGGCGAGAUCCGACCAAAUUUAAUGUGGAUUAUGUGGAGUACGUGGAGUUUCUAAGAGAACUCAGUUCUAAACCCAGAUUCGCCACUUGGUUCACAAUGGCAACUCCCGAAGAAGUGAAAGAGCUCAGCCACGAGUUUGAAGAUUUGGUUUUAAGUUGCAGAGCGGAUGGCAAGUUAUGUGACGAGUAGUGAAAUUGAAGACACUUAUUCUCAAGAUUACGGAAUGUGCUACACAUUCAAAUUUCGUCGACCGACAACUAACAGCGGUCGUAACUUCGGGCUCAGUUUUAUUUUCAACCUCGAAGUGUUUGACUAUUUGGGAUUGUUCACGAUGGCGGCAGGCUUGAAAAUGUUCGUGACGCAUCGGGACAACAAUGAUGGGAAGAACUCAAGUUUUGUCGACUGGUCGAACGAACUAAACUUACCUCCGGGUUUUGAUCACUCGGUGAGUGUUCACCCAAUGAAAAUGGAGAAACUUGCAGCACCUUACAGUGAUUGUGCGUCAUACGGAGAGGGAUCGCUGGCAUCAUUUGAGAACAAGGAAGACUGCCAGUUCAAGUGCGAACAAAAGGAGAAGCUGGAAAGAUGCAACUGCACAGAUGAUUUGAGAUAUACUAGUGGAUCUAUGUGUACAAUCGACAUGAUAGAAGAGCGCAGAUGUGUUGGUACGAUGGACAAGAGUUUCAGUCCCAGCGAUGAAUGCCAAUGUCCAAACGAAUGCCAGACUGACUCUUUCGACAUCAGAACUUCUCAGGGAUCCUUUUAACUACC